AUGGCAGUCCCCGAACCAAACGACCGACUAUUGGUUUUUCUCAAAACCGGCAUUUAUCUGUUCGAAAGCUCGAAAACGGUGUUCAUCGACCCGGUUCGAAUCUUAACUCGGUCGUACACCCGGUUUAGGGUUUCGCCGUCGGCUUAUUACUCCCGAUUCUUCAACUCCAUUGCCGACCACUCAACCGAAACUCACAAUAACUGUUCAGGAAAUUUGAAGAAACGAAAACGCAAUAAGAAGAAAGAGAAAUCGCACAAUCUCAACCAGCGUGAACAAAUCGCUGAUCAACGACAUCAGGAGGUGAGGUCUAUGUUAUUGAAGGCGCAUGAGGCGUUGCUAAAAUCAAGUGAGCUUUUGGAAAUUGUGAAGAAUUUGAGGAAUGUGGGGUGUGAUGAAGAGAGAUAUGAGACCAAUGUGAUUUCACAAGAUAGAGAGCUUGAUUUUGUGGAGGUAGGGAGUGUUUGGCAAGCGCCACUCUAUGAGAUCACUCUUAAUUUUCAUCAGGAUGAAAUGAUGGUAAAAAAUGCAGGUUUCCCACCUUUUCAAUUCUGCAAACAAAGAGUUGUUCCAGUAUUUAACACCCUAGUUGCCAAUGAGGGGAGCAGUGACAUGGAGGCUGAAUUUUUGAACCACAGAUUCAUUGUACCAAAGAACAGUUGUUUCUACAUGUCUGAUCUGGGAAAGAUUCACAACUUGAUUCCUGCUGAAUCUGAUUGUGGCUUCAAUCUCAUAGUGAUCGAUCCACCGUGGGAGAAUAGCAGUGCACAUCAGAAACUGAAGUAUCAGACUUUGCCUAAUAGAUACUUCUUAUCUCUUCCCAUUAAGCAAUUAACCCAUACAGCUGGAUCUCUGGUAGCCUUAUGGGUAACUAAUAGGGAGAAAUUGCGGAGCUUUGUGGAGAAUGAAUUAUUUCCAAAAUGGGGUGUCAAAUAUGCUGCUACCUUUUACUGGCUGAAGGUGAAAGCGGAUGGCUUGUUGAUUAGUGAACUGGAUCUCUUUCAUCAUAGGCCAUAUGAAUGUGUUAUCCUUGGUUAUUGUCAUCGGGCGGAUAUGAAUUCCCAACAUCAGCUAAGAUUGAACCAUGUACCAGAUGAUCAAGUCUUCAUCAGUGUUCCUGGAGAUUAUUCAAGGAAGCCCCCCAUUGGAGAGUUGCUGCUGGAUUAUGUACCUGGGUUUAGGCCUGCUCGCUGCAUUGAACUAUUCUCUAGGGAGAUGAUAGCAGGCUGGACUUCUUGGGGCAAUGAACCACUUCACUUUCAAGAUUCAAGAUAUUUCCUUACGAAGGGGAUAGAUAAGUGA